CUGUCAGAUGAUCACUGUAGACUGUGUGUUUGAAUAUGGACCCAUCCUGGCACUAGUUUAUCUGCCAUAACGGAACAAAUGGAGAAAAAAUAACACUUUAAAAGGGUUGUAUGUGCAGAGAUGGUUUUUAUCCUGGAUCUGUCCUUUGGAGAAAUUCAACUGUUGUUCUCAAAGGAAAUUUUGUAUUAUAUUUUGGGUGCAUCUGUUAUGCUUUUACUUAUAAUCCUCUGCCUUCUGAUAUGGCAUAUUUGCUGUAGCUGUACAAAGCUUCCCGUUUCACAAAGAGCUGCAGAUGGUUUGUCAGCAAAUAAGAGAGGUUUUUGGUAUGGUACACAAAGAAGAGAAACUAAGAUGGAGGUUCUGGAGUGGCAGAGCAACCACACACUGUCUCCAGGUUCCUCCUACACUAACCUGUCCAGCAGUUUAGAUCUGGUCAGCACAGCUGACCUAGAUGAAGAGCACAUCCAGGGAUCUCUGCACUUUACACUAUUUUAUGAUCAGCUGCAGUCCAGGCUGGUGGUGACAGUACUGGAUGCCCAGGAUUUGGCCGUGCGAGACUUCAGUCACAGUGUGGAUCCCUUUGUGUUGGUGCGUCUGCUCUGGGCAGAGAGAGGGGACGAGAAGCAGAGUUCACUACAUUGUGUGCUGCAUGAAUGGCAGACACGUCUGGUGAAGAGGAGCUGCAGUCCUGUGUUUGCAGAUCAGUUCUCUUGCACUCUGGAUGAGGAGGAGCUAUCCAGAGUUACUCUUAGAUUUGAGGUAAGGGAUUUUGAUAAAUACUCAAGACAUGGAAUCCUGGGAGAGGCCCGGGUGUCACUGAACAGUUUGAAUAUCUCAUAUCCACUGGAGUUAGGACAAGACCUGCAAGUACCAAAGAAAGACAUGGUUGGUGAGGUGCUCCUAUCUCUGAAAUACAUGCCUACAUCUCAGAGGCUGGAAAUAGGAGUGCUUAAGAUCCGAACGGGUUUUCAUCCAACUAAAAGUGAGAGAGCUCUCUAUGCCAGGGCCAGCAUCAUCUGCAACCAAUGCAAACUUCGGCAUCAUAGAACAACAAAGCAGAAGGGAAAGGAAAUAACUGUGUUCAAUGAGGUCCUAAUCUUUUUAUUGCCAGAUCAUCAGAUCACAGAGUGCACCAUUACCAUAUCUGUGUACGAGAUUCUCUCUGCAUUAAAGGGAUCCAGACGUCUGAUUGGCCAGAUCCACAUUGAAAAGAGCAACACAUCAGAGAACGAGCACUGGAUGUUGAUGAUGCAGUCACUUCGACAACCAAUCGCUAUGUGGCAUCCAAUUCUCAUCUGAAUACAGCUCAUGUUUAUUUAUUAGGCGUCCGCUCCCAGUUACCAAAUUGGAUUUCGUGCUUGCCAUUUUUAAAUUUUAGAUUAUCUUUACAACUUGUUAUUUGCCUUAAUUACUGCAUAGUUAACAGGUUGAGCUCUAUAUAGCCAACUAAUUUAGUUGACUUUGCAGUGACGCAUGGUCACUAUUGAUUUUAUUGUAGGCAUAUUCCAAAUAUGUCCACAUGAUGGCUCUCUAACACCGAUCUAUUCUUCUUGUACUGCACGCCACCCAUACGAGUCAGGAAUAAUGUACAGUACAUAUUGUUUAUUUUACCACAACAGCAGGGUCAAAGUACACGAUCCCGCCUAUUACACGUCUACUUUGUUAAGAUAAUUAAUGACGGGUUUACUACAGUUAAAACCACAACAACAAUGGUCACUAUAGUAAAAACCAUGGUUACCACAAAAUAACCCCAACAAAAUGUACCACGUAGUUUUUAAUAUCUUCCUGCGUAAUGACGUUAACGGUAAAUGUCCCCGAGAAAAUAGUCCCAUGUAGCAACUUGUAAGCAACCACCCUUUAAAAAGACACUUUAAAUCGUCGCGUGUGGGGGUGCUAGUGGUGGGUGUUUUUUUUUGGUCGUAAAAUUAAACGUAAAAUUAUCUUGGGCUUGUAGGCGUUUAACUAAACCCCAUUGGCUUUGGUGCGAUGGAACCGGACAUGCUCAACUACAAAAAUACGUCAUCCCUGCACUCAUCAUAUUCUAAACAGUUUCCUGUUCCAUGUUUGGAUUAUGUGUUAUAACCUCAAUCGCAAAACUCCAAAAGGGAAGUUUUUCACAUUCAGUGGAGAAAAACAUGGUUAUUACCUUAUAAAUAUAGUUUACCUUAUAAAAUAAGAGAAGUGCACUUUAAAAUUUAGCAAAAUAAAUAUCCUUGUAAUGCACUUUUGUGCACAGUUUGUGAUAUAUCUGAUAUAUGCACCUUCUGUAAAAGUGAAAUUGAAAACAUUUGUCAUCUAUUUUUUCAUGUAAUGUUUCAACACUUUUCUGAAAUUGAUUUGAGUUCCUAUUUCUCUUAUUUCUCAUUCUCUUAAGUUAAUAUGAACUGUAAUUUAUGCAUUAAGGAUAUUGUUUGUUAUUUUGAACACCAUAACAAAUCUUUAGAAUCUACUAUUAACGU